ACACAGACGCCAAAUCAGACGCGCGGAGACCGCCGCCGAGUAGUCUAACUUCGCAAUCCGAUAGUUAUAAAUUCGCAGUCUUCAACUCGUCCUUCACGAUCGAAAAAUUGUCUGAGAUAUAUAUCAUUAAGAAAUUAUAAAACGUCCCGUGAAGUGUAAAGAAUCAUCGCGAGUGAUAAAUGUCUCAUGUUUUCGGAUAAAAAUAAGUGAAUUUUCGUUGUGGUGGGAAGUUUUCGUGCGUUUUAUCGAGUGAAUUAAAUUGCAGGAUAAUUUUCAUUCAUCUCAUAAUUUUGAAGCUGCCGAUUUUCAACAGCUAAGAAAAUGAGUUGUAUGUCGAGGUGCGCCAAGUACUUCCUGUGCUUCUUCAACUUUGUCUUCUUUCUUGCUGGUGGUGCAGCACUAACAGUAGGAAUAUGGCUCCUAGCAGACAGGACAUCAUUCACCAACCUCUUUGCAAAAAUGGAGGGAGGAGACAUAUUGACGCGAACUGAUGGUGAUGUCAUAAAGAUGAUCGCCUACAUCCUGAUUGUUGCAGGUGCGCUGACGUUCAUCGUCAGCUUUUUGGGUUAUUGUGGUGCCAUGUUUGAGUCUAGAUGUCUUCUCUGUGUGUAUGGAAUCCUCAUUCUUGUCGUUCUUAUCCUGGAAUGUGUGGUGGUCGGUUUGGCAUUUGGUCUUAAAGGAGACGCUGAGAGGAGCACGAAAGAUUUCCUCAAGUCAACGAUAAAGUACUACAAUUCGAAUGAAGAUAAAACCGAAGCUGUGACAGCUGCGUGGGAUGGAGCCAUGAUUCAGUUAAAAUGCUGUGGCGUCGAGAGUUACAGGGACUUCCAGCAUAAUCGAGACUGGACGACCACUGGAAAAAUGAUUCCAGAAGCUUGCUGCAAACGAGGCCACGACGGCGUUCUUGAGGAUCUUUCGUGCCCUUUGAGUCCAUCCGAGUCAAAUUCAUAUUUCCAAACUGGUUGUUAUGAAGCAGUUUCUCAAGCAAUUGAGAAGAACAUUGGAAUAAUCAUCGGUGUAGGAGUUUCCCUCCUGUUCAUCGAGCUACUCGUCACAAUCCUAGCUCUGUACCUCGCCUGCUGUUACUGGCGUCCACAACAUGCUUGCGUAGACGUCUCGUCGAGGCAGGCCUGGUGAAUGGGGUGAUGGUGCUUCCGGUGAAGUAUAAGACCUCGAUUACCCAUUCUCGCAAUAAACCAAGAAUACCUGUAGAAGUUAAUUUUUCAAUUAAUGAAUUUUUUUAUACUUUUGAGACUCCUGUGACCUUUGUUUCCCUUUACGCGUUGGAUUGAGUGACUAAAAAUGAGAUGAUGGUGUCAAUUAGUAAUUGACCUUAAAAACUGCUGGGGACGUCUCGACUUAACAUCAGAGUCGGCGUGCCAGCGAGACAUCAAAUUUUUGUGGGAAUAUUGAUUGCCAGAAUCAAUUGCACGAAUUUUCGGCGAAAAAGAUCUUGACUUUUUGUUUAUUUGCUCGCAUGAAUUUUAGCUUCUUAAUUGUUCGAAAACUUCGAAGGGGCCAACAGAAUGCCCAAUAAUGGGGAGAAAGUAGCAAAAUCUAUUGAGUCGAAUGUCUAUUAAUUUCGGUAUUAAAAAGGCAUAAAAAAUUAAUUUGCUAGAUUUUAUUAUUCAGCAAAAGAUUAUUAUUAGGUUUCAUUCUCAGAAUUUUCCUUUUAUUUUAAUUUAAAAAAUACUUUCAUCGUCGAUAAUCGUCGUUUCUAUAACUUCCGCAAUAUUUUUUUUUAAUCUAAAUGCAUGACUUGUUUUUAUUUUGCCUGCAAAAUUCCAAGGAAUCGAAAAAAUGAAAAAACAAUAAGGAGCAAGUGCCAAAAAUAUAUUGAGUCUAAUGACUUAUUAAUUUAACGAUUGAAUGACGUAGAAUAUUGACUGCUGCGUUUUAUCAUUCAAUUGAAGAUGAUCAACAGUUUACCUUCUGAUUUUUUUUUUUUGUUUUUUCGCUCAAAAAACUGCUUUGAUCCUUGAUAACCGUCUUUCCUACAAUUUUCGUAAGAUAUUCUUCAACUAGACAAACUGACAGUUUAAUGCACUACGAAUAAACCUGGUGUGAAUAUAGGAGUGGGCGAAAUUCGCGUCUCAGAGAGUGUAAUUGAUGUCGAUGAUCCAAUUAAGCUCAGGUUCAUUGGCUCACAGGGUAAAGCCUGUGGUUUCUCAAACGGGACCAGACAUUCAUUCAUGAGAUAAUUUAUUCUUCAUUUGAAUUUUAGUACACUAUUCAGAGAUGACGAAUUUGAAUCAAAUUGCACAAUCGCCGGUUUCAUUUUCACUAAAAAAAUACUUUCAGUAAAAGUCUUGCAAUAAUAUCAAAUUACCAAUCAUUAGAAAUAAGUUGUUCCAAGUAAAUAAUUUUAAUUAAAAACAGAAAAUUGGUUGUACUAGAAUAGACAUUUUAUGGUACACUUUCUCAGUAUCUAUUGCAAUGCAAAUAAAUAUAUGAAUCAAUUAUCAAUUUAUUCCACAUAUAUCACUCCUCCGGGUGCAUUAAACUGUCCAUUGCAUGAUUUGUAAUUAUCGCCAAAAACGUGAGAUUGAUUAUUUGCUCUAUUGAGUAAUAAAUUAUUAAUCCAUUUAUGGAAUUCAAUUGAAUUGUGUUCAUUAAAUUCGAAAAGAACAAUGAUACCAAUAUGGGAGCGCGACGUAUGCUCCACAGAUGUAGACAAAUGUUAGAAAAAAAAACGAACUGGUUCCACCACCGACCUUUUCACAAACCAACAAAAAUCACAAACUGCUUUUCUGCUACAAUUUCUCAAUUUCUGACGGGGUAAAUAUCACGCGAUGUUAAUACUAUUUUUUCUUCGCUGUCUGUUGGUAAUCAGUUGGUUGCAGUUUUGGUGAUGGCUUUAUUUGGCUCAAAUAAUUAUGUAAUUCAGUUGAAAGAAGAAAAUGGAGGUCUAGAGAUCUCAGAAUUCAUGAAUGAAAUGAGUAAUUUUUUUCGCUUAACAUACAUUAUUGUUUACUUCUGAAUUUGGUGAAACAGCCUACACUAUUUUCUUCUUCCAUCAUUACGAAAUAAAUCUGUAACUCGAUAACAAUAAUAACACAAUAAUUUUCAGUAUAUUCGAGCAAUUUUCUCGAGAGAUUAUCUUUUCUAUUUUCGUUUAAUUCGGCGAUGAAGAGCUUCUCAAAUCUUAGAAUGAGGAUUUUUUAAAUAUCUCAAAACCUAGAAGCAAUGGAAUAAUUUUCAUGACGACUUCUUGGUAGAACUUAUUUUUCCUAGAAGACAUUAUGAAAAUUCUACCAUUUCCUGUAUUUUUUGAGCUAAUCAUCAGAUAACACCAUUGAAGAGACGUUGGUCUCGCUUCCUUACAGAAUUCUCGAUCUUCACUACCGAAUUUUUUGAAUCAUUAUAACGACAAUAGCACUCUAGAAAUUCUCAUUGCAGUGGUAACUUGUUGGUGCUGCUGCUGACGAGGCGUUAAGAGCAUGGAUCUGUUGAGUAGUGCCUCCUAGCAUUCGCACGUUCAGUCCGUAGAGGUCCUGUGCCUUGCUUGCUUGAAACGAAAAAUGAUAAACAUUUUUUUUCAUCAUUAAUCCAAUCAAAAAACUGAAAAAUGCAAUCCGUGCGAUCUCCUGAACAAUCAUUAAUUAAAUGGAAAGUCGCAAACAACAAGGGAUCACGAAAGAAUUUACCUACUGAGGCCAGAAGACACCGGAAAAAAAAAAAAUUUUCUUCCUGAGAAGAAUAAAAUCUGUGCGUAUGUCGCUGGCCUCAGCCAAUAAUUUCCCCAAGCAAUUCUGUGUUCACGUCAUGUAAAAUGUUAAUCGUGAGGAAAUAAUAAAAAUAUGAGAAACAGUAAUAAAUUCAUUAACUCUCUUCUGCGUCAAUGACGAAUUAUGAAAAAAAUAUAAAAUACAAUACUCGGCCCAGAAGAUGUUCCAGUGGUGGGGAGAGAUUUUAGAAAACUAAAGAAAUGUUCAAUGUAGUUCCUUUUUAACGUUUAAAAUAAUCUAUUAAUAGAGGAUCGAAAAAUUUUGUAUAGACUAUUUGGUAAAUAGAUAUGAAUCUCAUUGAUUGAAAGAGAAAUUUCAAUAUUUCUUUGUAGAGAAUUAAUAUCUCUACAAAAUCCUGAAAUAGUCUAUCAAAUCGUUUCGAGCUUUUCCAUUUCCCCUGUCGUUCAUUCGUUCCUCUGCAUGUACUGCACUAUAAAUAUUGUAUUUAUUUAGUAAUAACAAUUACUACUCUUAUAGCCCCCUGACCCCCCUAUCUCAGUAUUUCGUGAUCGUACUCUCUAAGUGUACAGCAGAAAAAUGAAAUGUCUCUGUUAUAUUUUUCAUUCCUGUCUAGUAUUAAAUUAUGGUGAGCAGCCAUUGGAUAUUCUCUGCUAUUCAAUAUUGAUUCGUCGUACGUUCAAUUGUUAUAUUUUUUUGUUGUUUUAAUGCUCACAAAAUUUUUUCCACUCAAAAUUAAAAUAAUUAUCAUUUUGAUCAAUAUUGAGAUAAGAAAUAAACAUCACGUUUAUAAAUUGUUCAGUUGAUGCUUCUGUUGCGUAAAUUUAUUAAUUUUGUUUUUCGUAGUGUCAAGAAUACAAAGGCUUCACUAAUAAACAAUAUACAUGCUCGAUAUUUAUCAUAUAACUAAAGGAAAUUGUUGAAAUUCGAUCUCCAAAGUGUUUAGAUUAUGAGAAUAACUCAUUUUAAUUAGCACUUCAAAAUGAAAAUUAAGUUUACGAUGUGAAGAUAGAACUUUGAGGUCGAUGAAAGGAUGAGUACAUAAUUGUUGUAAUUAAAGUGUCAGGUAGUUCUGCGCAUUUUGAAAAAAUAUAAGGAUAUAAAUUGAAAAUUUAUUCACUGGAAUGCAGAGACUGAUAUUCAGACCUAAAGAGAAAGAUGAAAAGUAAUUCAAUAUUUGUGUAUAUAUUUGACACAAGAUCAAUCUAUUAUUAAUUAAUGAAAGAAAUAUAAUAACAGUUAAUGAUAAGUCAUGAUUAAUGUAAUACGUAAUUGCAGAUUUAACGAUUUGUUAAUUAAGAGUAAUGAAUGUUUCAAUGUCUCUUUGUAAUGCUAUUCGACUUUCUUCCCUUAUUUUUUGUUUGUAAAAAAUGUACACACAGAAAUGAUGAAUAAAAAAUUUUAUAUUAUUCUUAA